UCCGUUGAGUCGAAUGUGCUUCCAGUUCUUAUUUCGGCGCGAAAAUAACUCUAAUUCGUGUACAAUCUAAUAUUUUAAAAUAUUUAUCAUUUAAACUAUAGAUAGUGUUUGGAAAGUGUUGCUAACACGUGAAAUUCGUUUUUAAAUAUAAGUGUACUUUGUGUUCUAUAUAGUGAUACUCUAGGAUCUUAUUUUAUUGCGAUCGGACCCCGACCGCGACGUGAAUCCAGGUUGAGGAGAAACCCUUAUUAAUCAUCAGAAGGCAAUUAUAGCGUGACGACUGGAAUGUCAGAAGGGUAGACACGGCGCCACAUCGCGCUGGCCGAUUGACCGUGUCGCUUGGGAUUGAGUCGACAAGAUGCGCCUUAUCAUCGUCACAGACUUGACAUCGCUAGUCCUCUUAUCAUGUUUGUUGCGCGUGCCGGCAGCACAGUACACGUGCCCCAUCGGGUUCUCGAUCGCUUACACGAGAGAGCAGGGUGAGCCCGUGUGUUACCAGAUCAAAGGGCCGGAGCUAUUUACAGAAAAAUACAAAGACUGUGAUGGUAAUUUGUACUCGUCCAAAUUGUACUUGCAGUUAAAUUUCACGUCGCCAAAUAAAGUUCUAUGGACGGAAUACAGAUCGCUAUACCCCGGUGGAAUCUUCGUAGACUGGUCGUAUAGCAAGAGUAUGGGCGCCCCGCUGGACUCGCCCUUCGAAGUGAACAUAGAUCCGAUACUGGACCCCGGAGAAGAACUCUGUGUCGCGAUCGAUACGGUCAGCAACUUCACGGCGGUCAGAUGUACGGACCGGCACUACAGAUAUUGUUUCACCAAGCCCUAUCCCGAAGAUAGUUCUUCGGAUGAGGGAUGCGACGGUCUCGAAGACUCGCUUAGACUGUGGAGCCCGGUGUCGACGUGUAUCAAGGUGGUGAGCGCAGUGGGCGGAGGCAAGGUCCGCGCCACCUGGAGGAACGCCCAGGAACUGUGCGCCAAGCGGGGCGCAUCCCUGAUGAACAGAGGGUGGCUGUACUCAAACCAUCGGGAGCUUGACCCUGGCUAUAACACCACCUUUCCCUUGGGUGUAGUCAUGACAAAUGUGACACACCUGCAGUAUGACACCAUAGAGAAUCAGUCAGAGAUUCCUGUUGCCGAGUGGCGAUUCAAAGGGAGUCUCAAUAUCUCGGAUAACAAAUACGGCGCCGUGAGAGAGAGAGACUGGUACCUGGUGAAUGACUCGUACAUCUUCUACGACGUGAUUUGUGAGACCGGCCUCCCUAUCAGGCAGCUCGAUAUGGACAUUCAGAUCAACAUAGAUAACGAAAUUACUUUAACAGUGAAUGACUCAAUAGAUCGAGAUAAGAUAUACUGUUAUACAGAUUCUGAAAAAUAUUACCCUGUCAAUGUUAAAAAACAACGAAAAGAUCACACAAACACAUUUGUCUUGAUACCGAAAGGCGACGGAUAUUACUGGUGCACGCACGACGAUGUUUAUAACUACCACACCACAGAAUCUAACAAAGUACUCUUCAUCAGAGAGAAGCAAUCUAUAAUCAAUAAAUAUGCAGUUAAAAUAAAACAUAACAAAAAAAUUACUUUAGACGACAUUGACGAACUGAGUGACGAUUGGAAAGACGUUCUAUCGGAGUAUAUUUUGUUGGUAAAUAAAUAUGAAGAUAUGUACGGAAAGCUGGACACAAAUGAUACUGAAGAAAUUCUGAAAACAUUUGUGAAUUUGAAUCCUGAAGUAAAGAAGGAAAGUACGGUCGCGCACAAUAAGAAAGUGAAGCGGUUGUAUCUUGAUGGUCAAACGGUGGUGCUGCAUCUGGAGCUGAGCCCCGGGAGAAGGCCUGCCCCGCCUGGGCGCUGGCGUGACCUGGAGAUACUCUAUAUGAAGCCGACGUAUUACUGCCGUGGAUCCCAUUCUACAACAUUGGAGUUGGGUACAUCGAAGACGGAGGGAUGUGUGACCCUCACAUGUGUAGGAGACUUUGACGAAGGAGUACAGUUGGUUUCGACUGCCACCAUCAACUGCAUCGAGGAGCUGAUCACUACCACGGACAGAUCUACCCCUGAAGAGCAGCUGCAGCAAGUGAUGGAUGACCUGUACACGCUGGUGAACGACUCUGGUCCCAUAUUCUUGGACGACAUCAGUAACGUAUUCGAUCAGGUGGAUGAGGUGUUGGAAGAGCGCGACGACUUGGAGAUCCCGGGGCGGCUGCUACACCUGUUGGAUCAGCUGGGGGCCACUGUGCAGCUGGAGGAUGCGGGCGUGGCCAGCGCCGUGCGAGGGAACAUAGCGCUGGUAAUGGCAGCCGCGGGGCCCGACCACCGCGUGCGGGGGCUACGCAUUGCCGCGCGGGACACGGACAUUUUCACUGACGAUGCGUUCGGACUCAUCAGCGAUGAUUUGAACAGCACUAUGCUGGAGUCAGACAAUAAUGAGGCUGUAGUGGUUCUGCCUGCGUCAGUGUCUGAGACGGCACAUCGUGUCAGCUUCGUGGUGUUCCGCACUGACCGCGCCUUCCGCGACAAUGGCACGCAAGCCGUCAACAGCCGUGUGCUGAGCGUCAAGGUGGACAACCUCACGCACUUCCAGCACGGAGAGGUUAUAGAUAUCCACCUCAGCCCGCUGUCCGCGAAUGUGACGCGGAACACCAGUCGAACGUGUGGCUACUGGGAGUUCUUGGAGGACAACACGGGCUUCUGGUCCCAGGAGGGCUGCACCUUUAUUAAGUCCACUCAACCCGGAACCUUAGACACCUGCCGCUGCACACACAUGACGCAUUUUGCGGAGAUCCUCGUUCCCAGAUCAGUUUUUUCCGAACAACACGAGAGUGCUUUAGAAAUUAUGACAGUCGUGGGCUGCUGUCUCUCUAUUCUUGGGCUCAGCCUGGUCGGCGUCACGGCCGCCCUGUUCAGGUCCUGGAGGAGAGAGUACAGCAAUAAAGUGUGGCUUCAGCUCUGUAUGGCUAUCCUUCUGUUAGCGCUGACAUUCCUGAUAGUCGUUUUCGCCCAGUUCGAGGAGUACAACACCGCGUGCAUGUUGGUAGGCGUGGCUCUGCAUUACUCCGUGCUGGCGUCGUUCUGUUGGAUGCUGGUGGCAGCCACGCUAUCCUACCGCCGCCUGGUGCUGGUGUUUUCGCGGGACGCUACGCACCGCCUGCUGCGCGCCUCGGCCUUCUCUUGGGGCGCGCCCUGUGCCGUGGUCGGCAUUCUUCUCUCUGUCGCCCCGCACUCGUACGCGGGGCGCUUUGAAGAAAAGACGCCGAGCGGCUCGUUCUGCUAUCCCACGGGCGUCAGUCUCUGGGUGACGGUGUACGCGCCAAUCUGCGUCAUAGUCGUGGUGAACUGGACGCUAUUUUCCUUAAUAGUGCGUUCCGUGUUUGCGUCCCGAAGGAUACAGAGGCACGGAGACUCAAAAGAGGCCAUGCGAUGCGCAUCCGUCAGCUGCCUGCUGGUGUUCCUGUUCGGCCUUCCCUGGGUGUUCGGCUUGUUCGCGCAGACGUUGGUGGGCGCCUAUCUGUUUACGUUGACGGCGUCGUACCAGGGCUUUAUACUAUUUUUAUUUUUCGUCCUAUGUAAUAAGAAAACGCGUGAUUUGUGGCUCAAUAAGUUAAAGAUAAAACAGACACGAAAAGUGCCAGUAACUUCGUCGACAUUUUCCAAUCGAAGUACAAAUUGGCGGCCAAACACGAAUAAUUCCACUGAAUCGAAAGUAUCGAAGCCCAAGUCGCUGUCGACGCCCGACGAUUCGCGGUUCUCCUGACGGAGAGGACGGGACUCGCCGCCCGCGCCGGUGUUUCCCCGGGGACCUUCGAAUUCUUCCAAAUAUAACAUUGCGUUUUCAAGUUUCAAUGUAGAUUAGCAUUUCUAGUCCUUUUCAUUACGUAAGUGUUCAGUUGAUUAAUUUUAAGUAUUUAUUGAUAUCAGAAAAUAUUUUUAUUAUGCCGAAGAGUCUGAAUAAUUGUCAUUACUUAGUUAUAAAUUAACAUUUGAAAAUGAGAAUCGAAAACCAAAUAUGAUCUUGAAACAUGAAAGUCAGAAAACUUAAUUAAAUUUUCAAUAAUAUAAAUUGUAUGAUAAGUACAACAAUAAUAAUAUAGAAAAACAUAAGAGUAGAUUUGAAGCUGAAAUGGAGAAAUAUAUUUAUAAAGUUUUAAUUACGGUCGGAGGCGCUGAAAGAUCGUUUGCACAUUUGCAAUGUUACCCAGAACACUUCUUGCGGACGGAUAUAUUAUUUAUAUUUAUUUACAUAUAGAAUAAAGCUGCGAGUGAAAGUAUUAUUAUAAUUUAAAUGACGUUAAUUUUAUUAAAUUACCUAUAAUAUUGUAUAUUUAUUUAAUCUGCAAAUGAUGACUUCCACUUAUUCUGGCUUAAAUCAAUAUACCGAAAAAAUAAUCGUGGAACACCCCUACCACACGUGGUGACACCAUUGACGAACUAAAGUAGCUAUUAUUAUUAAAUAUCAAUCUAAUUAAUAUUCUUGAUACCAUAAUAAUUGAAUAAUUUUCAAAACAAUAAUUAUAUAUAAAAUAUUUCCUAUCUUUUAAAUAAAUCACUUUUAAAAGAUUAAAUCGAGCGUAAUUGUAAAUGUGUUUUUACAUAAGAUUUUUGCGUAAAAGUUACAUUUUUAUUUUAUGUCCCCCUGAAAACGACAUCUGGAGAGAUCUUGAAACGUCGGGUUAACUUAAAUAAAAAUGAAACUUUUACGCAAAAAUCUAAUGUAAAAAUCAAAGAAAAUAUUAUGUAUUAUAACGUAUAUAAUAUAUUUAAAUAUAAUAAAAAUGAAAUAGGUUGGAGAUAAUUAUGAAGAGCACUGCCUGCACAUCCGUUUGUGUAAAAGAGGACAUCUCUAGUGUCUCUAACUCAACUUUCACUGGAUUAAUUUGGAUUUUUUUUUCUUUUUUGAUUGAGGGGUUUUUAUACGUAUGUACAUGUCAGCCCCAUUAUAACCUAACUACAUUUAAAAGACAAAAGAAAAACAAAAUUCUUAACUUAACAAACUAAAAAAAAAAAGCUAAUGAAACGAAAAGCAAGUUAUAUCUAUAGUGUUCAACAAAUAAGACUUAUGGAUUCAAACAGACUUAUGGCAUCCUUAGAUGCAGGGCGGGCAAGUAUAUUUACAUUAAUUUGGUUUAAAAAGUUGAGCUCAGUAAUCCGUUCCCGUUAGCAUUACAGAACUGCCAGAUAAACCUGGAGUGACGGCCGAGUGGUCAAGUACGACUCUACAGAAAAUCAGCCUAGCUCUAAGAAAAAAGUGAAAAUCUCGAUUGUAUGAAACGUGCAGUCAUUGACAGUUUGACAGAUGACGGCUAAAAUCUUGAAAGAAAUGGAGAUCGCCGAAAUCCACUACGUUUUACCGUCGUUCCCAAUAUACUAUCUACAGAUAGAGAUAAAUUACUACCUUCUACUGUCAGAAAUUAGCUGUCAAUAAUCUGAAGCUGUCCCAAUGUACUCGAUAAGUCAUUCUUAUCGCCUUAUAUUGGGACGCGUGAAAUGCAAUUUCCAUACAAACUUUAUAUCGCUGGUAACCUAUACGUCGCUUAGUUUAAGCUAUAAGGUGAGUUAUCGUCGAUAAAUUUAUUGGGAGAGAAAAGUCAACGAUAGUUACGAUUUUUCGCUCAAGUUAGAGAUAGACUGAAUACUGGGAACGGCCGUUAAGCAACUGUUCACUUUCAAACUUAGCCGGAUUAUACUUACUCGCCAAUCGCGAUACUGUAAUUACUACUAUUUGAAAUUUAUGUCAAUCACGUUUCAUACUAAACUAAAUUUCAAUUUUUACUCAGGCAGUCCCGCUUCUAAUUACGUAGUAUUUACAUCCUCUUUGCAGAAAAUGAGCGUUGUGACACUAAAUAUUUGAGACUAGUCAGAGAGAGACUGUCAGUGUCUCCAAGCUGAGACAUGGCGAAACAUUUGAGGAUUUAUUGUGAACCAUGGCGUCUUUUGAACAUUGUCAUGUUCCUUGCGAGAAUAUCAACCUAUAAAUUUGUAGCAGCACCACAAGCCAAAAUGAUUCCGAUACGAUAAUUUUUUCGACCAAUUUCUCUGCCAUACACCUAUCCAAACAUGGACGUCCAGAAGAUUUGGUAUUUGACUUGAUAUAAGUGCACUUGACAUGUCAGAGCACUACCCUAACGCUUCGCUUAUGAGGCGUGCAAUUAUAGAUUAAGGAUUGGUCUCCGCUGCGCUCCAACUAGAUACCACAGGCAUAGUCGCAAAGUUUGGUAACUAAUUAGGCAAUUGGCAAGUUAUUAUACUACGCCCAAGUGGGCGUUCUCGAGCCAGUCUCGAACAAUGCCACAUGUCCUGUUAAACUUUGCUAAUAAUUGUAACUAAAAUGCCGGGUUGCGUGGUACAACUUUGUAAUAUAAUACUACCAGAAAUAAGAAAGAUACUGGGAUCACAUAUCAUCAGUAAGUAUUUUGUAUUUUAUUAAUUUCAAUUAAAAUAACACGAAGCGUAUUUAAGUUACAUUUGAAAGAUGCCAUUGAGUAUCUAGAUGCCACGCACCCAAUAUAAAGUAGCCGUUACAAAAAAGCUAUUGUUCUUAGGUAGUGCGGUAUCUAGUUUGAGCGCAUCGGAGACCAAUCCUUAAUUUUAGCGUGCAAUAUAUAAAUAAUCCGAGUCAUGUUAUUGUGAACGUUGAUGAACAACAGUAAUGUAGACGGCGCUCUGGGCUAGAUAAUCAAUCUGUGUGUUGUUUUAUGUUCAUUGUAUCUCCUUACAAUACAAAUAUAUAAGUUAAGCAUCUUUGAAAAGUGAUUUAUUAUUAAUAACUAGCUGACCCGACAGACAUUGUUCUGUAUAUAAUAAAUAAUAUAAUGUUUUUUAUGAAUUUGUCAAUAAUAUAUCAUAACAUCAAGAAUUACUUUGUAAAAUAUGCACCCUGCUGUCGUAAUGAAAUUGUUUCACAGCAGAACUGUCAAACCGUGCGUCAAUAAAUUCUCUCAUAGAAAUUAUGUAUAACAUCACUUCAAAGGAAAAACAAAAUUUUUGUUAUUUUUAUUUAAUUCCGAGCAUUUUCAUAUUUAUUAACCUUUUAAACCUUCUCUGGACGUCCAUGAAUGAAUGAAUUCAAGACCAAAAUUAGCCAAAUCGGUUCGGCCGUUUUCGAGUUUUAGCGAGACUAACGAACAGCAAUUAAUUUUUAUAUAUAUAGAUUAAUUAAUCGGUACAACGAUUACCUACACGAGACAACGUCUAGUUGACCUCGUUGACAAACUUCAGUUGAAUGUGGAAUAUUGGGUAUGUUCCGAUAUGCACUGCGAGCACUGCACAGUGCUAUCACUGUAGAAAAAUUCGUUCCGUUAUGGACUGCCUGUAUACUGCAGCAGAACCCUAGCGAAAUAUAAGACGACAUAAAUCGCCGCCAUAUUCUACUGUGAUCACUGGCGUUUUCGAGGUAAGGUACUCGCAGUACUUUGAUCACGUGAUCAGUCAAAACAUAAAUUUACAUAUAGAAUAAAGCUGUGAGUGAAAGUAUUAUUAUAAUUUAAAUGAUGUUAAUUUUAUUAAAUUACCUAUAAUAUUG